AUGACGUCCCUCAACUUCAGCGAACAGUUGGACCCACGACAAGGUCAUUAUGAAUCUCACGAAUACCUCCGCCUCAUUCGUCUCUACGACUGGCAUGAAACCAUCCCUCCUCCAAAAGGCCUGAUGAAGAGAAGAGAACUUUUUGCGGUUAAUACCCUACACGAAUCACAUUUCAAUCGGACCACACGAGAUACCCUGUACGAGUAUGUUAAGGAUGACACGAUAUUAAUCAGUCGGCGAGAGGCCAAUGGCUGGUAA